AUGAAGUUCAAGAAUUCGUUACGCAUUAAUUCUUAUUACAAAUAUCGCUGCAAUAAAUUUUCUACUCAAAUAUUAUCAGAUUUUCCAAAAACUUUUAAUCAUAAAGAUGCUGAACGUGAAUGUUAUCAAAUUUGGGAAGAAAACAAUUAUUUUACUGUUAAAAAUAGUGAGAAAACUGCAUUGAAAAUGCUUUUACCUCCUCCUAAUAUAACUGGAACAUUACAUUUAGGACAUGCAUUAACUGUUACAAUUCAAGAUGUACUAGCAAGAUGGUACAGAAUGAAAGGACAUCCUGUGAUCUGGAUACCUGGUUUUGAUCAUGCUGGAAUAGCAACUCAAAUGAUGGUAGAAAAAUAUCUUUCCAAAGCAAAAGGUGUUAAGAGAUCUGACAUAGGAAGAGAACAAUUCCUUUCACUUGUUUGGCAAUGGAAAAAUGAAAAGCAAAAUACAAUAAAAUCACAAUUAAAGGCUUUGGGUGCUAGUUUGGAUUGGUCUAAAGAAUAUUUUACAAUGAGUAAGGAACAUAGUAAUACUGUGAUAGAAGCAUUUCUAACAUUAAAUAGUCGAAAUUUACUAUAUAGGAAAAAGGACUUAGUUAAUUGGUGUCCUACUUUACAUAGUACAGUAUCUGAUAUGGAGGUAGAUCGUUUAUAUAUUACUAAGAAGAUGCAACUCCAAAUUCCAGGAUAUGAUAAAAUGAUUACAUUUGGUGAAAUAGCACAUGUAGCUUAUCCAGUGAAAGAUUCAAAUCAUGAAAUAGUAGUGGCAACUACUAGACCAGAAACUGUUUUUGGAGAUGUAGCAAUUGCUGUUCAUCCAGAUGAUGAGAGGUAUGCAAAAUACAUCGGGCAGCAAGUUUGGCAUGCCAUAAGAAGAACUUAUAUACCUGUUGUUUCUGAUCCUUUAGUUGAUAAACAAUUCGGCACAGGAGCAAUGAAAAUAACGCCAGCACAUGAUCCUUUAGAUUAUAUGAUUGCAGUAAAUCAUCAAUUAGAUAUUAUUCAAGUUAUUGAUGAAUAUGGGAACAUUACAGAUGCAGGCAAACAAUUUAAGGGUUUGCCAAGAUUUAUUGCUCGGGAAAAAGUCUUGAAUGAAAUGUCAAAUGAAGGUAUACUCAGAAGUAUCAAUGAUCAUGAAAUGUGCAUACCACUGUGUUCACGAUCUCACGAUGUUGUAGAAUACUUAUUAAAAGAGCAAUGGUUUGUCAAAUGUAAAGAUAUGGCUCAAAAAGCAGUACAAGCUGUGAAACAGGGUAAUUUAACAAUGAUACCUGACACUCAUAAACAAUUAUGGUAUGAUUACCUUGAUAACAUCAGAGAUUGGUGUAUUUCAAGGCAAAUAUGGUGGGGACAUCCUAUACCUGUCUAUUACGUUACAAUAGAUGGUAAAACCGAAUGGAUAGUGGCUCGAAAUGAAGAUGAUGCAAAACUUAUUGCACAAAAUAAAUAUGGAUCACAUAUAAAAUUACACAAAGAUCAAGAUGUAUUAGAUACUUGGUUUUCUUCUGCAAUACUUCCUUUUGCAGUAAUGGGAUGGCCAGAGCAGACGGAGGAUUUUAAAACGUAUUAUCCCUUAACAUUAAUGGAAACAGGAAGUGAUAUUCUCUUUUUUUGGAUUGCAAGAAUGGUAAUGCUAGGAUUAGAAUUGACUAACCGUCUACCUUUCGACGAAGUUUUACUACACGGUCUUUUAUGUGAUGCUUAUGGAAAGAAAAUGUCUAAAACAGUUGGAAAUAUUGUUUCUCCAGAAAAUAUUAUUCAUGGUAUUACUUUAAAUGAUCUUACUGUACAAGUGAAGAAGAGUUAUGAUGCAGGUAUUCUUAAUGAAAAUGUUCUGAAACGAAUGUUAGCUGCAAAUAAAAAAAUGUUCCCUAAUGGUAUACCAGAAUGUGGUGCAGAUUCAUUGCGUAUGACAUUGUGUAGUCAUAAUAUUAAAAAUCAACACAUCAGUUUUGAUAUUAUGGAGUGUCAAACAAAUAAAUUUUUCUGUAAUAAAAUCUGGCAAGCUAGCAAAUACAUCUUACUUAUGACAGGCGAAAAAGUAUAUCAAAAACCUACAAAUAUGGCAACUAUUGAUUGUUGGAUUUUGAAUAAAUUAUCUGUAAUGAUCAAUGCAGUUAAUGAUGCACUGACAAAACGAGAUUUUCAUGAAGCUAUUGCAUCAAUAAAGCAAUUUAUGUAUUACCAAUUUUGCGACUAUUACUUGGAAGCAACUAAAUGGGGAUUUAAAAGUGAAAAUACAAACAUUCACAUAAGUCACACAUAUACUUUAAGAAAAUGUUUAGAAGUACUUUUACGAACAUCUGCGCCUAUAGUACCAUAUCUCUGUGACGAUUUGUACAAAAGAUUAUCGAACAAAUUGCCAGAAUUUUUAUCAGUGUUAUCAUUAAUGGAAGCGCCAUAUCCAGUACCAGAACAGUUUAAUGAAUGGAGAGAUGUUUCUCUAGAUGAAAGAAUGCACAAAGUCUUAAAAAUUAUAUUAGAAGUCAGAAGCAUUUUAGCUAAAGUUAGCAAAAAGUUAAAUCCAGAAGUUCACAUUGUAACUAGAAAGCCUGAAAACUUUAGUUUCUUCAGUGAUGUUACAAAUAUAAUCAAAGGGGGAACCAAAAUCUUCAAUAUUCUUAUAUUCUUAGAAAACAAUUACACACAAAGUAAAAAUAGUGUGUGUUACCCCUAUACUUCUGAUUGUACAAUAUUCAUUGUCAUAGAGAAUUCUUCCAUUUUGGAACAACUUAACAAGAACAUUUCAAAUAAAACAAUUGUACAAAAGGAAAAAGUUUAA